GUCACGACCGGGACGUCCCCGUUACACUGCACUCAUAUCACACUGUACAACCCUGACCAACACAGACACUUUAAGACGACAACGCAGAUGUUUGAGAAUAGCUGGCGACCGAGGGAUAUCAAUUCGAGCUCUACGUUUCCAUAAACUCAUCAAGAAUCUUCAGUCCGCCGAGGCUGCGCCAAAGGAACAAGCAGCAACCGCCCAGACGUUACUUCAGGCGACUACCGAGCGCACGACGGACAAGAGGGGUCGUCAACCCAAUUCACAGAACCUCACACGCAACUUCCAUCACUUGUUGCCGGAACUGAAUCAGAAAGUUAGCGCUGAAAUCGGCAUCAGCACAUAUUGCGAAGUUGGAAGUCGAACCUACGAAACGCGUAGGAAGCAACAGUGAAGGCCAAAUCCCCUGCAUAUAAGAAGUAUCUCACCGUGACCAUCCACUUGUCCGCAUCAACACAGACACGGACCCCUUCACUCACGCUCAAUCACUUCUCAAUAUUCAUCUAUUAAUCGAAUCAUCGACCAAGCAUCAUAUCUUCCAUCACCACAUCCACCAAGUACCAAUCCACCAUUACCACCGACAAUCGUCCUCACCUUCUACCCACACACUUACCUACCAGCCAGCCUCCACAACAGCCAACAAUGGACAGCCACUCACCCUUCGCCUCAACCACCACCACCAACUCCUCCCACAACAACAGCACGUCCAACCUUCACAACAACCCCUCAACCACAAGCAGCAGCAUCACCAACGUCGGACAUAGCAACUUCACCCCCGAGAUGCGUGAUAAGCAAGCCAGAGGCAAAGACCCCUAUGCUGAACGGUCGGAUGAGGAGAGUGAUUUUGAUGGUGGAGGGCCGGCGGUUGGGAUGAUGGGGAGGAGUAUGGGUGCUGGUGGGGGUGUUGGUGGGAGGGGAUUGGGAAGGGGGACGGGGAGAGGAGGUGCGGGUGGGUUGUCAUGGGGUGAGAGGAAGGAUGUUAGGAGGAAAGUAGAAAUCUCCGGCAACGCCAAAGCUCUCUCUAGCAUGUCCAACUCCAAUUACCACGUCGAUUACGACACCCGUGAGAAGCGCCGCAAAGCCUCCAUGUUUCUCAACGACCCCGAGUUGUUGAUCACCCAUGCUGAAGCUAGUGGCAUGACCAUCGCCGGCUCCCGCCACCAUUUCAUGCUCAUGCUUUGUGGUUACGACAACAAACCGCGUAAGAAAUCGGCGCAGGGCUCUUCCUCGGUCAGCAGUGGUCCAUCGUCACGCAUGUAUCAGGGUGUUCCCCGAAGGGAAGCGGGCUGGGAAUUCGGAUGGGAAGAGGAAUAGGAAAACGGAGAGAGUAAGAAGGAAACGGUCCGGCAUUUGACAAGCACAGUGAACAGCAAUGAACGAGCAUCAGGCGGGUGUACAACUAGUAAUGGGAUGUGCAUUGUGGAGAAAAAAAAAGAAGAAAAAAAACAGAGAUAAUGUGUAGAAACAGAAGUGGUUGACAGAGCUGAGGGUGGAGCAGAGAGUUACCUCUGUGUAGGUACACUUGACUCUCGAACAGAGGCUACCAUUGUAUAAGCCAACAUCAAAACAUGAUCUCAUUCAGAUUGAGGCAGCAUUAAUAAAC